AUGGAUGAUAAAGUAUCUUUUCAUAUUUAUGAUGAGAAUUUAACCGGACAAAGGUAUCUGGAAAUCCUAAGAUCGGUGGUUUCCCCUUUUUUGGAAGAAUUACCUCUAAAUCUGAUGUUCCAUUGCUGGUACCAAUUAGACGGAGCACCGGCACAUUGCACAGGACCUGUCACUAACGAACUGAACGCAAUGUUCGGAGAGAGGUGGAUCAGACUAAAUGGUCCAUUAGAGUGGCCCCCUCGUUCUCCAGACCUAACACCCCUUGAUUUUUAUUUAUGGGGUACUAUAAAAUCAGAGGUCUACAAAAAUAACAUUGACUCAAAGGAAGAACUUGAAGCGAGGGUGAGGGCUGCAUUAAGGGGAUUACCACCUGCACAAAUAAGAAAAGCUACAUCAGAUGGAGUUCGUAGAAGAAUUGAUGAAUGUAUGGCGGGUCAGCGACAGCUGAAAUAUUACUGCCCAGAUUGCUUGAGUGGUAUCAAAUUAAUACCAAAGCUUCUGCAGAAGAUUGACUCGAUGCAGGCUGAGAUUGACUCUUUGAAGGACCGUAUUCAGUCUCAGCAGGACGAUGAAGCGAUCAUCGGUGAAGUUUACGAGCGCCAAAGAAGGCAAAAUAAUGUGAUGUUCUAUAACUUGCCCGAAUCAGACAAACCAGAUCUUGCGGAAGCCAAGGAUAUUUUGAUGAGCUCGAUUGAACGUGAUAUUGUCAGAGCCGUCAGGGUAGGAAAACCAAACAAAAACGGAGCUCGUGCAUUGAGGGUCACUCUCUCUAGCCCGGAUGAUGCUCACAAAGUAUUAAAAAAUAAAAUAAAGAUUGGUAAAGCUAGGAAUAUAUUUAUAGAUGCAGAUCUAAGUCCCCGGCAACUUCAACAUCUUCAAAAGGUCAGGAAAGAGGCGGCUGACAGGAGGAGUGGUGGAGAGGAGGUUUACAUCAGGUACGUGGGUGGUGCACCCCGUGUAUUUGCAAAAAACCAGAGUGAUCGAAACCUGAUGGCGACCGGAGUGACUCGGGGUGGUGGUGUCCUGCUCGCUGUGCGUGAUGACUGUGAUGCUGUUGAACUCAGUUUUCCAGAUCGUGAUCAGUUCCACAACAUUGACAUUGUCGGAGUAAAGGUGAUUUUUAGGCUGAAAACUGUCUAUAUUUUCGUUGUAUACAUACCACCAAAUAUCAACCCGGACCAGGUGAAGAACUUACUUGAGCUUCUCGAGUCACUUCAUUACCUUUAUGACAGCAACUUACUUGUUAUUGGAGACUUUAACCAGCCUCUUUUCACAGUCAAAGUUGAGCCUGAGCGUUCUAAUAAUCUGGCGAUGUUAGCUUUGGGACAGUUCGUUAGCUUUUAUGAAUUGGUGCAGUCCAAUUGUGUGACUAAUGAUUUUGGCCGUCUUUUGGAUCUUGCAUUCUCUAACUUGAAUUGCAAAGUGUGCAGGGAUUCUGUGCCAUUUGUAUCCGAGGAUUGUUUCCACCCAGCUCUUGAUAUCUCUGUUGAAAUCAAAACACCCUCUGCGGAUUUUCCCUACAACACAGAAUUUGAUCCACUCAACUAUAACUUCAGAAAGGCAAAUUUUGCCGGUCUAUACUCGGACCUGGCAGAUAGGAGUUGGAAUUUCUUAGGUGAUGUUCUGGAUGUAAAUGUGGCACUUGACAUUUUUUACUCUAUUUUGUAUGACUUGCUUGAUCGCCAUGUCCCUCGUUUCUCAAGUUGCAAGAAAAAAUAUCCACCAUGGUUCAAUCAGUCAAUAAUUCGUAAGAUCAAGGAAAAGGAUAAAGUGUUUCGUAAACUGAGGAAAUUCAAUUUGGAUUCUCACAGACAUCAGUUUGCUAAUUUGAGAAGGCAGAUCAAAAAUGAUAUCAGGAUGGCAUAUUCACAAUAUGUAAAAUACUCUGAGGAGUCAAUUAUCAACGAUCCUUCUAAGUUUUGGUCCUUUAUUGAGAAGAAGAAGGGUUGUUCGCGAAUUCCUGGCAUUCUGAAUUAUGAUGGUGUGGAGCUUAGCAGUGGUGGUGAUAUUGUGGACGCCUUCGCUUCAUUUUUUAGUAGUGUCUUUACGAUCUCUGAUGCACCCGUUAAUUUGGACAAUUUAUUUACCUCAAAUAGAUCCACCAUAGGUAUUGAGUCAUUCAGUGAGAGUGAGGUUAUAACAGCACUAAAGAGGGUGAAAAAUGACCUUACGAGCGGUAACGAUGGAAUUCCUGGUUUGAUUAUUAGAGACUGCGCUUCUGUUCUGGCGGCACCUCUCCUUACUAUAUUCAAUAGAUCACUGGAAACCAGUUGCUUUCCUGAGGUAUGGAAGAUAUGUAAAGUUAUUCCCGUCCACAAAAAAGGCAACAAAAGCAUUCAAAACAUACUUAUCGAAGAACAACAUGGCUUCGUACCAAAAAGAUCAACCGUCACUAAUCUCAUAACUUUUACCCAAAUAGUCUGUAAUGCAUUGGAGGAUAAAAAUCAGGUUGACACGGUUUAUACAGAUUUUUCGAAGGCUUUCGAUAGAAUGGAUCACAAUGUUCUUCUCUCCAAGCUGGACUCAAUGGGUUUUGAUGGUCGUUUGCUGCGGUUCUUACACGCAUACCUCAGAGAUCGUCCACAGUAUGUUAACUUUAGAGGUCACAGGUCCAGGAAAUAUUACGCUAACAGCGGUGCACCGCAGGGAAGUAACCUCGCUCCACUUUUAUUUCUUCUCUUCAUUAAUGAUAUAGGCCAGAAUAUGAGUAGCUUCUUCUUAUUAUUUGCUGAUGACCUUAAGAUUUUCCGCAUCAUAAGAACCGUAUACGACUGUAUGCUUCUGCAAAACGAUCUGAACACUUUAUCCAGCUGGUGCCUGUUGAACCGACUACCCCUUAAUAUAGACAAGUGCAGUUUUUUCACUUUCUCUGGGAAGCACAGCUCUGUCAACUAUGCCUAUUCGAUCAAUAAUACUCCGUUGAAUAAGACUGAUUCUUGUAAGGAUCUUGGCAUUUAUUUCGACCAAAAACUUUCUUUUGCAUAUCAUAUUGAGAUGAGUGUUUCGUCUGCGAAGAAAAUGUUGGGACUUAUAUGCAGAAGUUGUAAAGAUUUCAAGACCGAGAAAAGUUUUAUCACUCUCUAUGAUGCGUAUGUAAGGUCUCGUUUGGAGUAUGGCAACCUUGUUUGGUCGCCUAUUCAUGCGGUUCAUAUACAGUCCAUCGAAUCGGUCCAGCGUCAGUUCAUGAAGUACCUCUCGUUCAAGGUUACAGGCGUCUACCCCCUGCGUGGUACGGAGAAUACAAUAUUGUUGAGGCGUUUCCAUCUGCUUUCCCUCGAAGACAGGAGAACUUAUUACGCUUGUAUAUUCGUAUACAAGUUGGUGAAUUACCUCGUUGACUCUCCAGGCCUGUUGUCUCAGCUGAACUUUCAUGUUCCUAGAGUCAAUAGCAGAUUUGGCCAAUGUUUCUAUUUGGCUACACCACGUACUAACGCUCUUCGUAGAUCCCCACUUUUUUCGAUGUGCAAUAGAUUCAAUCUGUGCUGCCGAAAUAUGGAUGCCAAUUCUGUUGGUCUGUCUCGAUUCAGGAGGGAAUUGAAAGCGUUGCUGUUUGAGGCCCAGUAG